AUGCCUGAGAUAGUUUUCCGGCUGGCUACACAACUGGAUAGUGUAGAUGUGGGAGAACCACUUAACGAUAAUGCAGCGGAGGGAGAUCAACAUCAGAACUUACAUCAAGCAAAUGUACCCCACCCCUCUCUCUCGCAUUCAGCUGAUCCUGAGGAUAUCACAUUGCCUAAAUGUUAUGAUCCAUCAGAUGCACAUGCAGAUUUGUUCAACCCUCGCUUUGAGAGAUUUGAAAUUGAGGGAGAUAACGUAGACCUCACAUCAGGAGAGCCCACACAUAUUCGACCACCUUCUCCAAAUUAUCUAAUACCUUCUCCACCUCGUCAAGACCAGCAUCAGGAAGGACAGCAGGCUAAUAAUGUGUUUGCUGAAGUGGUGCAGAUGCAGGAUGUUCAAGAGAAUGCUCAACAGAGGCAGAGGCCUAUAAGGAGGAGAAAGAGAAAAACACUGCCUCUGAGAUCCGUCCUGAGCUCCUCAUCUGGGAAGGGAGUUGACAAAAACAGUUCAGAAGUCAAUUCAGGAUGGAAAAGGCGUUAUUCAUCUAAAGAUAGCAACGAUGGACUUGAACCAGUGUCGGAGGAUAAUGGAUAUGAUCACCCUGAUCCAAACUUCAAGGUAUCAAGGUUAUCUGGAAAUGGCCCAACACCUGAGCAAGAACUAUUGAUGGAAACUGGACCGACACAGACACAACAACCAAUCAUCAAUCAGCCACUGGAAAAAGUGACUGAUGCAAUUCGAAUGGAACUGAAAUCCCAUUUUGAAAUACCGGGUGGCCCUCAAGUAGAAUCCCUGAACGACCUCACUGCUGGAAUGAAUCGAAGAGGAGCGGCUUUGCUUUUCUAUCAAACUUGUGUUCUUGCUACUCGUGAUUUUGUAAAAGUUAAACAAAAUGCCCCUUACGAGGAUAUUCUCAUGACUAGAGGACCAAAGAUAACUCGUGCUGGAAUGAGCUAGGAAAGUGAUGCUAGUUAAUGAAGAAAGUUGACAUUGCUCCUUUUGUGGAAGCUGAUGCUAGUUUUAAUCUAAAUAUCCUUUUUCGAGUUCUAAUUUUGAUAGAUUAGAUAUACCUAAUCUAAUUAUCCUAUUUAUGGUGUAUUAAAUAAUUAAGAACUGCUAUUUAUGGUGAUUGAGUUAUGUGUUAGAUAUUCAGGAGGAGUUUUAAUGAUCUUGUUUGAUAUAGUUUCAAAUUUGAGAGUAAAUUGAUAAUUUAUUACCAAGUUCAACAGGUAAUUUAGCAUUGAAGCCAUUGUCAAAUUCAUUAA